AUGACUUUAAGUAUCAUAAAAUCUGUCUAUUGUUUUUUUUUCUAUUCUAUAGGUUGCAUGAAUGGAUGGACACAAUUUGAAAACAGGUGCUAUUUGUUCAGUCGGCAGGUGGAAUCGUGGAUUGAAGCAUCGACAGUUUGUGGUGGAUUUCAUUCUAAACUUGCUGAGCCAAUGAAUACCAACACAUCUCAUUUCUUGAUAAGUCACAGUCAGAUCAUAGGCGGUACCUUCUGGAUAGGCAUAUCAGAUAUAAUUCAAGAGGGAAAAUGGAUAUACUCAACCAGACAGAUUCCGAUAAAAGUCAACAAUUUUCAACCAGGGGAACCAAAUGCUGGGACGGCUGCCAAUUGUGUCGCUUUGUGGGCUGGCUUCUAUGGGUAUUGGGCAGAUGAGAACUGUCUUGUAAGAUACCAGUUCAUUUGUGAAGCAGAUAAUAAGUAA